UGCUGUGAAACCCGUGACCCGGCAUCAUGGCGGGAAUCGAGACUGGAAACCCAGUGGGAGCUGAGGCCCCGCAGCCUCAGAAGCGCUACUACCGGCAACGCGCCCACUCCAACCCUAUGGCGGACCACACGCUGCGCUACCCUGUGAAGCCAGAGGAGAUGGACUGGUCUGAGCUAUAUCCAGAGUUCUUCGCCCCACUCACUCAAAAUCAGAGCCAUGAUGACCCAAAGGAUAAGAAAGAAAAUCGAGCUCAGGCCCAAGUGGAAUUUGCAGACAUAGGCUGUGGCUAUGGUGGCCUGUUAGUGGAACUAUCACCACUGUUUCCAGACACUCUGAUUCUGGGUCUGGAGAUACGUGUGAAGGUCUCAGACUAUGUACAAGACCGGAUUCGGGCACUUCGCACAGCCCCUGGAGGUGGCUUCCAGAACAUUGCCUGUCUCCGUAGUAAUGCCAUGAAGCACCUUCCUAACUUCUUCCGCAAAGGCCAGUUGACAAAGAUGUUCUUCCUCUUUCCUGAUCCACACUUCAAGCGAACAAAGCACAAGUGGCGAAUCAUCAGUCCCACACUGCUGGCAGAAUAUGCCUAUGUACUAAGAGUUGGGGGGCUGGUAUAUACCAUAACUGAUGUGCUGGAGCUACACCACUGGAUGUGCACCCAUUUUGAAGGGCACCCCUUGUUUGAGCGUGUGCCUCUGGAAGAGCUGAGUGAAGAUCCCAUUAUAGGACAUCUAGGCACCUCAACAGAGGAGGGAAAGAAAGUUCUACGUAAUGGAGGAAAGAAUUUCCCAGCUAUCUUCCGAAGAAUACAGGAUCCUGCCCUCUAGGCAUUGACCUCCAAUUCUACCCUGCCUGGUUACUGACUGCCUACCCUACCUUAGCUGAUCCCCAUCUUCCAGGGACAGGAAAGAAGAUCAGGCCUCUUCCAAAGAGAUUGGGGCUUCCCACCUGAGCCUGGUGGGGCUGGGAGACUGCAUUCUCUCCAAAAGUUGGGGAGGUGCUGGUGUUCACAACUACCCUUCUCACUUUCUCAUUCCUCCAAUGCCAGCAGAAAGCACAAGUAGAUAACUGGGAAGGACAAAGGACCUUGGCCAGAGGAGACAUUAGGAAGGGUGUGGGGUCUUGUCCUCCUGUAGUACUCCCUGCUCCUUGUGGGGACUCUCCUUAUCUGGGAUGCAGAAUGCAAUGUCCCACUGUCUAAACUCUCUACUCAACUCAAA